AUAUUUGUACCCUCGGCCUCGCGACCGAUGCGGGGCGCCCACUUUUUGACGCAACGAACGGGACGCCUUCGUCCCAUUCUGGAACGCGUACAAGACUGUGUUGCAUUAUUCCACCCGAUGUGUCUUCGCUUUGUCCUGCCAGUUGUAUAUUUUCAGCAACAUGAGGCAGGCGUGUCCGCGCUCAGCCGUUCAAUUCACAAAUUAUUGGAUGCGCGCUUUUAUCCGUGCCGGAAUCGAGCCAGGGGAGGCUAGAGCUUCACUUGACUGUUUUCUCAGCAGUGUACUCGGUAGAAGAGCGGCAUUAGAGAUUCAAACACGACCAGAGAGCGCGAAGCAUAUCCUACCUCGACAUGUGCAUCGACUAAACUACUACUGCCAAAGAAGAGCGCAAAGGUUGCCUGUUCAAUAUAUCUUGGGAGAGUGGCAGUUUCACGGACUGCCCCUGAAAAUGUGCCGACCAAUAUUCAUUCCAAGACCAGAAACAGAAAUGCUUGUAGACGUUGUCCUGUCGCACAUUAACCGUAGCGACAGUGGCAUUGAACGUAUCUUAGACGUCGGCUGCGGCACAGGUGCCAUUUGCCUCGCGCUUGCUUCCCGAACUACUAAGGUUCAUUACACAGGCAUUGACAAAAAUGUUCUGGCUGUCAAACUAGCUGAAGAAAAUGCCUCGCAACUGGGCAUGUCAAAAAGAGUGUCCUGCUACGUGGCUGAGGUGACAUCAACUGGCUUAAAAUGUUUGCUACCUCACUUGAUCGGCACAGUUUAUGAUGUCAUCGUCAGUAAUCCCCCUUAUAUUGCCAUUGAAGAGUCGCGCUCAAUUGAGCCAGAAGUAUUGAGGCAUGAAGACCAUGCAGCUCUUUUUGCUGGCGUUGAUGGUUUGGACGUUGUGCGAGGCAUUCUGCAGUUGUCAAAGACAAGGCUCAAAGUUGGAGGGCAUCUAUUUAUAGAAGUAGGACUGUCGCAUCCGCCCCUCAUUCAAGCCAUGUUGGCAGCUCAAGAGCAUAGUGAGAUGUUCAAGCUGCUGGCAGUGCACCCAGACUUCACAUUAAGGCCGAGGUUUGUUGAAAUAAAACGAAUAAAGUGAAAAUAUUUCAGUGGAGUCAGUGGAAGAAAACAAGUUGAAUAAAGCAGUACUGGCAUGACUU